CCUGCCACCCAGUGCUCACGCCCUCUGGCUGGUGCCUGGCUAUGGCCCGACUGCUCAGGUCUGCAACCUGGAGGCUGUUCCCCUGGAGGGGCUACUGCUCCCAGAAGGCAAAGGGCGAGCUCUGCAGGGACUUCGUAGAGGCUCUGAAGGCCGUGGUGGGCGGCUCCCACGUGUCCACUGCCGCGGUGGUGCGAGAGCAGCACGGGCGCGAUGAGUCGGUGCACAGGUGCGAACCUCCUGAUGCUGUGGUGUGGCCCCAGAACGUGGAGCAGGUCAGCCGGCUGGCAGCCCUGUGCUACCGCCAAGGUGUGCCCAUCAUCCCAUUCGGCACCGGCACCGGGCUUGAGGGUGGUGUCUGUGCUGUGCAGGGCGGCGUCUGCGUUAACCUGACGCAUAUGGACCGAAUCCUGGAGCUGAACCAGGAGGACUUCUCUGUGGUGGUGGAGCCGGGCGUCACCCGCAAAGCCCUCAACGCCCACCUGCGGGACAGCGGCCUCUGGUUCCCCGUGGACCCAGGCGCGGACGCCUCUCUCUGUGGCAUGGCGGCCACCGGGGCGUCGGGCACCAACGCGGUCCGCUACGGCACCAUGCGGGACAACGUGCUCAACCUGGAGGUGGUGCUGCCCGACGGGCGGCUGCUGCACACCGCGGGCCGAGGCCGGCAUUUCCGGAAGAGUGCAGCCGGCUACAACCUCACGGGGCUCUUCGUGGGCUCCGAGGGGACGCUGGGCCUCAUCACAGCCACCACCCUGCGCCUGCACCCUGCCCCUGAGGCCACAGUGGCCGCCACGUGUGCGUUCCCCAGUGUCCAGGCUGCUGUGGACAGCACUGUACAUAUCCUCCAGGCUGCAGUGCCCGUUGCCCGCAUUGAGUUCCUGGAUGAAGUCAUGAUGGAUGCCUGCAACAGGUACAGCAAGCUGAAUUGCUUAGUGGCGCCCACACUCUUCCUGGAGUUCCAUGGCUCCCAGCAGGCACUGGAGGAGCAGCUGCAGCGCACAGAGGAGAUAGUCCAGCAGAACGGAGCCUCCGACUUCUCCUGGGCCAAGGAGGCCGAGGAGCGCAGCCGGCUUUGGACGGCACGGCACAAUGCCUGGUACGCAGCUCUGGCCAUGCGGCCAGGAUGCAAGGGCUACUCCACAGACGUGUGUGUCCCCCUCUCCCGGCUGUCGGAGAUCGUGGUGCAGACCAAGGAGGAUCUGAAGGCCUCAGGACUCACAGGUUCUGCCCACCCUGCUGCUGGGGAGAGGUGGGGAGGUGUCAGGGCUGAUCAGAGCCUGGGGCAGCAGGAGGCAAGAGGAGGGCUGGGCUGGAGAAUAGUUCUGUCCUCUGGGCCCCCAGGAAGCAUUGUCGGGCAUGUGGGUGACGGCAACUUCCACUGCAUCCUGCUGGUCAACCCUGAUGACGCCGAGGAACUGGGCAGGGUCAAGGCUUUUGCAGAACAGCUGGGCAGGCGGGCACUGGCCCUCCACGGAACGUGCACGGGGGAGCAUGGCAUCGGAAUGGGCAAGCGGCAGCUGCUGCGGGAGGAGGUGGGCGCCGUGGGCGUGGAGACUAUGCGGCAGCUCAAGGCCGUGCUAGACCCCCAAGGCCUCAUGAACCCGGGCAAAGUGCUGUGAGGGGCUCUGAGCACUUAGCCCACAAGUUCCCUGACUACGGAGCCCCUGUUCUGGAACUUUUCUUCAUGCCACGGUCCCUGCAAGGGAAUAGACGCUGAGGCAGUCUUCCUGCCAGCGAGCCCACUGUAUCUGGGCCCAAGGCCAGAGGACCCAGAGAGAAGCCUGAGCACCAUGUUACCCGCCCCACCGGCCCUCUGGCUGGCCCCGGGAGCCUUUGGUUCAGUAAACGACCCAGGGUGGUUCCCAGCAAAGCUGCUUCCUCUCUGCUCCUAUGCAUCCUGUCCUGGCUGGAAGAGACCGUCUGGGUCCACUCAAGACUCUGAUGACACCCCUCCCCUGAGGCCUCCCACUGCUGGGGUCCCAGGACCCUUCCCCUUUCACCUGGUGACAGGAACACUCCUUUCCUGGUAUGGAACGUGAGCUCCCGUGCCAUGAUGAUAGGUCUUCUCCUUGGGGCCUCCCCCAAUAAAUCUGUAAUAAACCUGAAACCCA